CACUACUUAAUUCAGGACGCGACUUUUUGAGCCGACGCGUUUAUUAGAUUGACCACUUCCACUGUCAAGAAUUGCAACAUCGGCUUUCGACAUAACAUAUAUUGCUGCCUUUGAAGUGUCAACCUAACAAGGCAAAUUCAAAUUUCAGCAUGUCGGCAGCAGCAGCGCAACAAUCUAUUACCCAGGGGGCUCUAGACGCCAUCUUCAGCGACCCGGAGCAUGUCGAGCAGCUCUUCCCAGUUCCUAUCCUACAAUGUCUACAAAUAAAGCCCCUCGCCCCACAGCAAGGACCUGCCGGUCAGCCUGAACGCUACCGUGUAGUCUUAAGUGAUAUACGCAAUUAUGUCCAGUGCAUGUUGGCAACACAGGCCAACCAUGUAAUCCACGAUAACUCCCUUGUCCGCGGAGCUCUAGUUCGGAUUAAGUCGUAUCAAGCAAAUGCAGUCAAGGGAAAGAACAUUCUAAUUAUCCUCGACCUUGACGUCGCUACUGAGCUCGGUGUUCACGACCGGAUCGGCGAACCCCAGGCAUUCGAAGCUAAGCCGCAAGCUGCUAAUACUACAGCAGCCAUAGGUGGAUCGAACUUCUACGGCGUAAAGACAGAGUCUUCGGCACCGGUCAAGUCGGAACCUGUAUCGUCACGCAUGGGCGGAGCUACAAACACCACAUCUCACGGCAAUGGGAACAAUGUCAUCUAUCCUAUCGAGGCUCUCUCACCCUACGCGCACAAGUGGACCAUCAAGGCUCGUGUAACACAAAAGUCCGACAUUAAGACCUGGCAUAAGGCUUCUGGCGAGGGUAAACUGUUCUCCGUCAAUCUUCUCGACCAAAGUGGCGAAAUAAAGGCGACCGCAUUCAACGAACAAUGUGACCAAUUCUACGAUUUAUUACAAGAGGGUCAAGUCUACUAUAUUAGCAACCCAUGCCGUGUUUCUCUCGCAAAGAAGCAAUUCACUAACCUCCCUAACGACUAUGAACUCGCCUUUGAGCGGGAUACUGUCAUUGAGAAAGCCGAGGAUCAGGCCAGCGUGCCUCAAGCCCGCUUUAAUUUCGUCAACAUCGAAGAGCUCCAGAACGUAGAAAAAGAUGCCACCGUUGAUGUUAUUGGCGUUCUGAAGGAAGUUGGUGAGGUCUCUUCGAUCACUUCUAAGAACACCGGCAAGCCGUUUGAUAAGCGCGAAUUAACUUUGGUUGAUGAUACUUCUUAUUCCGUACGUCUUACGAUAUGGGGCAAGACCGCCACUACGUUUGCCACGCAACCAGAAUCUAUCGUUGCAUUCAAAGGGGUGAAGGUGUCUGACUUCGGUGGUCGAUCUCUUUCUCUUCUUUCCUCCGGCAGCAUGAAUGUUGAUCCCGACAUCGAAGAGGCUCACCGUCUCAAGGGUUGGUACGACUCCCAAGGCCGUACUGACAACUUUUCUACUCACAACAACAUGGCAUCUAUGGGUUCCGCCACAGGCCGUGUCGACCAGGCGAAGGUCAUUUCCCAGGUAAAGGACGAGGGCCUCGGAACGGAAAAUACGGACUACUUCAACCUAAAAGCCACAAUUGUCUAUAUUAAGCAGGAUAAUUUCGCGUAUCCUGCGUGUAGCAGCGAUCAAUGCAACAAGAAGGUAGUCGACCAAGGUGACGGUACAUGGCGGUGUGAGAAGUGUGACAUUGCCCACCCGCGGCCACAGUACAGAUACAUCAUGAGUGUAAAUGUAAACGAUCACACCGGCCAGCUCUGGCUAUCAUGCUUCGACGACGUCGGGCGCGUCAUCAUGGGUAUGUCAGCCGAUGAGUUGAUGGAGAUCAAAGAGAACGACGAAGACCGGUUCCCUACCAUAUUCGAAGCGGCCAACUGCACCAAGCUCCAUUUUAAAUGCCGGGCCAAGACGGAUACGUACGGCGAAAACUCACGAGUACGCUAUCAGGUGAUGGGUGCCAACCAGCUGGACUUCCGAGCUGAGGCCCUGAAGCUAUCCGACAUGAUCAAGCAAUUCGGUAUUAGCUCGUGAUCGCAGCUCUCGACCCUCAUUUAAUGCCCGCGUAUGUAUCGGGCGCUUGUUAGUACAUACCUAGGUAGUAUGGAGUCGACGGAACACGAGGGUUAGGUGGCUCGUAUUAUCGAGUUGGUGAACUACUAGAAUAAUUCAUGGCAGGGGUUUGUGGAUCCCUGAUGAGGCACGAUGCUAUUUGAUAUUCGAAUCUCCAAGCUCAUUGGCCUUGAACGGCUUGAGACGAACCCCUUAGUUUAGGCGUCUCAUUAUUGCGUCUGGGUUACAUGGAUUCGUCGCGGAUACGGCAUCUAUUAGGGCAAAAUACUGUCAAUACUGAAUGAGCUAGGAGAACUAAUCGAGCAAGGGUCAAAUCCAUGUUGUAUGCUACGAGAAAAAUGUGCUUACGACACAGAAUGGUAAUGAAAGAUCA